AUGUGUGACUAUUAUAGACAGGCAGCAGGUGUUAUUGAUAAGCUACUUCAGAAGAAGGGUAGCAUCAAAGGACUAUCCUUCCAAUCCUCAAACUCAGAGUCAAACAGCAAGACUGCCUACGCUCUAGUUUGCGAGACACUAAAGUAUAAAGAUACAAUUGAUGAGUUGUUAACAACUGUACAGGGAUUGAAGGAUGACAAGACGAUUGGAUAUAGUUUGUUGCUAGUGAUGCUGUAUGAGUUGAUGUUUGGAGCGAAUCAAUCGAUAAAGGGUGGAGGUCAUGCUAAGAAGUCGGUAAUGGCUUAUAAAGUUCAAUUGUCUGCUGCUUUGGCAAGAUUAAAGAUAAGGAGACAGGUGGCCAAUAAUGUUGACUUGUUGCCAGAGUCGAUACGCAACCCUAUACUACUGCCACGCUAUGUCCGUGUCAAUACCAAUGUCUGUCAACCACAACAUGUCAUCGAUCACUUUGUCAAGAAUGAAGCGUACACGCUCAACACGGCCAACACAUAUUGCACCAAGCUGGACUAUGGCGUGGACGCCAAGACCUUCUUCCAAGACCAGGACUUUCCCUCAAUAUUGGUAUUCGCGCCAAACGUCGACUUGCACGAUCAUCCACUUCUGCUGAGUGGACACAUCAUCCUUCAGGACAAGGCUAGUUGUCUGCCAGCCUUUGUUCUCAAUCCUCCCGAGAAUACGCUGGCCAUCGACUCAUGCUCGGCACCAGGAAACAAGACAUCUCUCCUAAGUGCACUCAUGAAGAACACAGGCAGGAUCUACGCCAUCGAGAAAGAUGCCAAGCGCAUGGGCACAUUGGUCAAGCUCACAGGAAGGUCGCGAUGUAACAACAUUCAGCCAUUGAACAAGAGUUUCUUUGACUUGGAUCACUCAGAUCCAAGGUUUAAGAAUGUGGAGUAUGUCUUGUGCGAUCCAUCAUGCUCGGGAUCUGGUAUCGUCAAUCGUUUGGAUCAUUUGUUGGCAUCGACCACUGGUGGAUCUGCACCAGCCACAGCUGAAGAGAAUGAUGAUAUUGAAGAUUUGAUCAGGGAGAAGGGCGAGCAGGCAAAGAAGAAUGGCGGUGGAGGGAGCAAGAAGCAAUCGACCAACACCUUGGACAAGGAUGCAAAGAAACCAACGAGGAAAGAGAAGAAGGAACAAGCAAUGAAGCGCAAGUUGGAAGAGAUGAAACAGAGCAAAUCUAAAGGCAAAGAUGCUUCAAAGGACAAGUCUGGCGAUGCUUCCAAAGAUGAAGAAGAGGUUGAGGUCAUGGACGAGUCCCAAAGGCUGGCCCUGCUGGCUGACUUCCAAUUCUCAAUCAUAAUGCAUGCAUUCCAAUUCCCAUGUGUGAAGAGAGUAGUGUACUCAACAUGCUCGGUACAUCAGGUUGAGAAUGAGGAUGUUGUGAAAAGGGCACUGGACGAGCUGAAUUGUGAUGGAGAGAAGUGGAGACUGGCAAACAUAUUGCCACAUUGGAAUAAGAGUAGGGGAUUGUCAUUGUUCAAGAACAGCGAGUAUUGUUUGAGAAUGUCACCAGCAAGCGACAACACAAUUGGAUUCUUUGUUGCCUGUUUCGAGAAGAUCAAUCCAACGCCAAUCAAUCCGAUCGAAGCCAGAUUGCCACUUCCACCAAUCGACAUUGAUCCAAAGUUCCAUCAUCAACAUCAACCGAAUCAUAAAUAUCAAUCAACAUCAACAUCAACAUCACAAUCACAAGCUGCCAAACAUAAUGCUAAGGCAACAACAACAACUACGAACAAGACCAAAGUACCCAAAAAGGCUACGCAGCCCAAGAGUACUGUAAAAGGAAAGACAGCAUCCAAGUCCAUGACCAAGCCCAAGCCUACGACCAAGACCCCUACACAGGCCAAGGCCAAGCCCAAGGCUAUCGAACAAGUCAAGCCAGCAUUUAAAGUCGAGCCCAAGAUCAAGACUGAGGAACAGCCAAAGAAGAAAUCAAAGACAGGACGCGAUGCCAAGACACCAAAUGCUGGCGCUGCUGUCACACCAGUUGCACCUGGAGGCCACUCCCCAGUCAAGCUAUGGGACGACAAUGCAUUUAAAGCACCAGCCAUCGAUGGUGGCAGCAAGAAGAAGAAGAAAUAA